GUUAGUCUAUGGAAUAUAUUAUUCUACACAUCACGAUUUUGUGAAGAAAAUUCGAAAUUUUUAUUAAUUUACACGCUUAUUCGCAUAAACGAGUGAUUUUCAUCAUUUCUAGCCGUUAUAUGGACAAUGGCUCUCACAGUUGACAAAUUAAUAAACGACGACAGAUUUUGCGGCGACAACGUGUAUCAGUUCUUGGCAUACUUACCGUUCGGUUUAUUGCUGCUGGUGGUGCGGACUCUGCUCGCCCUUGUGCUAUGGGUCGCCUCCAUCAUCCUCCCGAACAAGUCGGCUGUCAGGCAAAUGCUCUCCACUCUUGCCUGCUGGACUUUUGGAGUGUAUGUGAAGACGAAAGGCACGCGUGACCCGCGCUGCAGUGUGAUGGUGGGCAACUACGUGUCGUGUCUCGACUCGUUAGCUGCCUCGCAUGUGCUCGGUACCAUCAGUCUAAGAAAAUGGAAAGUGCCUCCAUUUUUUGCAUCUACGCUGGGCAUAAGGAACGCAGCGCAGUUUGUCAGGAAGCAGCAUUUCGCGGACUGCCCUAGCAAGCCAGUCCUUCUGCAACCAGAGGGUGGUCCUACCAACGGCCGGGGGUUGCUCAAGUUCACCGACUGGCCCUUCCCGAUUGGGAACAGAGUGCAACCUGUUGCUAUUACCGUGGAGCGUCUAUUCACGAACGUAACAGUGCACCGUCCGACUGACGCCCGGGACAAGUUCCCUUGGUCGGACGCUCUGUGGUUCCUGUGCACCCCGGUGACGGUGUUCAGCGUGCAGCUGCUGCCGGCCGUCGAGCGACAUGACGACGACGACGCCGCCUUCACGCACAAGCUGCGUUCAACCAUCGCAGAGGCGCUUCAUGUGGAGCUGACGUCGUACAAGUGGGAAGAGCUGAACCGCUGCGGGCUGGGCGUGCGUCGCGCGGCCGCGCCCGACCUGCUGCGGCUGGCGCGGCAGGUCAAGGAGGUGCUGCCCGCCGUGCCCAUCAACGACAUCGUGCGGGACUUGGCGUCGACCCGCAGCGUGGACGUGACCAUCACCAACCUGCUGGAGGGGCGGGCGCCCUACACGCCCGAGACUCAGCCGCCCCCGCCCGCCGCCACGCAGCCCAGGUACGUAACUCCCGUACCUACGGGUGUGUUCCCGAAGAGCGCGAAAGAACGCCAGCUGAGCUUCCAGGAGCGGAAGGCUCAGAUGAUAGCGGACGCGAGGAGGAAAUACAUCGAGAAACACGGGCUCAACAUCGCGCUCAACAACUGCUAGGGUGGACAGGAAUUCGAUAUGCUACGGAAGUUACGGAACACAUGAUAUGGCUACUUUUGUUUUGGGUACAGAUGAAGAUAUAGGUUUGAAGGUGUUGCUGUUUCUACCCAUUUGCCCGGCCAAGUAGUGAAUGCGACGUAAAUAAUAGUUACGUUAAAAAAGAAGAUUAUGCCAACCGCGGCGUAUAAGUUGAACAACAAUUGUGGUCGUCCGCGUAAGUAGCGUCUGGUUGUCAUGGUUACGCGCUAUACCCCUCCCGUCCCUCAUACCGCACUUUGAUUCAGACCCUAAUCUGUCACUACGCAUUCAAGGUCAUUGUUAUUUAUAUAUUAAUUAUCUAAAGUAUUCAAUACACAUAGUCAUUACAGCCACAUGCAUAUUGCUACAAUAUAUUGUAAUAUUGUUUACAUAUGUCGCAAUAUCCCUCUAUGUUGUUUACAUAUAUUGAUCACAUUUAUAUAACAUAAAAACAAUCUACCAACCAAACAAUCAGUUCAACUUACACGGUGCGGUUUGUAAAGUAACUCUGUAUAAAUUGACAAUUGUAUAAUAAGAAGUUCAUGACUAUAUCACAAAGGGGUAGUCAGAGGUAAAUUCAUCGCAAGAUGAACUAAGUACCCACACGGAGCUUUUCAGAGAUAUUUUUUCGUGUUAUCUUCAAUUAUAAAGUAAGAACUGAGAAUGUAAAGUUGGUUUUUGACGCGUGAACGUUUAACACGAUUGAGUGAGUAACAGUCGAAGAUAUUAAUCAAUUUCACACCCAUAUCUAACUGGUGGUCAGCUGAUGUACAUAUUUACAUAACUAGCUUUCCGCUCGCAACUUCGUCCGCGUCAUGGUUCUAACUUUAAAAAGUUUCAUACAAAUUUCAACCCGUUUUGUUAACCCUUUGAGGGUUGAAUUUCGCAAAGUCCUUUCUUAGUGAGCACCUACGUCCUAAAGGGAACCCCCAUGCAAAAUUUCAGGCUCCUACCAUUUGUAGUUUCUUAGAUUUCGUAAUUAAUCAGUGAGUGGUAUUUUGUCUUAUUCGCACUAACGGUAUACAGCGUACGAAUACCUUAACAUUCCAAAACGCCGCUGAAGAGAUCAAAAAUUACCAAAAGAAACAUCUAGAGCGACUAGCCGAUCAUCCGAAUCCCCUCACAUCAGAGCUUAUAUAGACCUCGUAAAUGUGGUGAAACGACUGAAGAGAAGCCAUGUUGUAGAAAGUGGGAGGCUGUGACACUGGUUGUAGCUCCUGACACGUCACUUAUCCACUCAACGAAACUGCUUAUAAAUAGUCUUGAGGACUGAUUGUAGUUUAAACCAAGAAAAAAAAAGAUAUGUCGUUCUAAUCAAGUUACGUUUGGAAGAUCACAAUUCAAUCUAAUAAUUCAUAAUUCUGUCUGUACCCAAAGUAACAUAGUCAACAGCGCCCAUUCGAGCGUACAACAAACUUAACCUUAUUUUGGUUUGAUGGCUCAUAAACUAUUGUCCUUACAAUAUGUGCAAGAGAGACAGAGCUAGUUUUGGUCCUGUCAAAUUAAGUUAAUAUUCAGUUGGUGGUUGCCCGAAUCGGUACUAAUAUGUCAUAUUAUAAACAGUUUAAUACGAACUGGACCUGGUUACACAUCGCAGUAUAACAGUUUAAAUUUAAAAUUAGAAGCUCAAAUGUAGGUGGCAGCACUGUUGUGUUCCUAAAUUUUGACAGUUCUCCAUACUGUCCAGCUAAAAUUCGUGAUAAAUUGCUAUAAAAUGUGGAGUAACGUGGAGUGUAUCCUGUCUGAAGGAUGAGUUAGAAAAAAGAAAAGCAGCCAGUUGGAAAAAAGGCAGUUUUGAUAACUUUAUCUAAGUUUUCAUAUAACACUAUGAUUUUGCAGCUGCGCAAAGGGUUAUAGUGUAAAAAUAUAACCAAUACAAUAUGUUUGAUUACUGAAAUAAACUCAAAUAGUAUGGAGAACUGUCAAUAUUUAAGAACACUCAACAGUAGCGACACCUGAUGGGAGUAAUAGGCAGGUUUUAUCCUCAUUAUUUGCCAAUGUAUCAUAAAAUAUCAUAUUGCGUGGUCCUAGUGUAGUAGUCACACUUGGUAAUGUUAUUAAAGUAGGAUUUAAGGUCACAGCACACUAGAGCCACCCACUCCCACCCACCCACUCCGCCUCGCCUCAUGAGUCAAAACCACGUAAGCGACUUUUUGAAAAAUCACAGUCGGAAGUAAUUUUCUUCAAUAAAACCUUGAUUUGUUUCAAUUAAUCUCAUUUUAAAAACUAGCAUGGAAAGUGAUACACCGACAAGAGCGUGGAGCGUCUUAUAUUAGUGAUGAACCUUAUUCCGGGUAAAAAUUGAGACCAGAAAUUUUUGACCUGGAUUGAAACUAGCUUGUAUAUUGCGCAGUUUUGUUAACAGAAAUCACAUUCGAAUGUGUUUGAAAAAAGCGCUUACGUGGUUGUGACUCUAAGGGCACUCUAUAUGGACUUGUAUGGGGGCUUGUGGGGUUCACAUCAACCCCGUUGAGUCACCGGAUCGCCUCGGUUGUGUCUCCACGCGCGGACGGCGGGUGGACAACUCCCUGCUCGCAUGCUUAUCUUGCGUUUAAUGGAUAUUCAUAAACACCGUCCACUGGUUAUCGUGCGAAGUUUAUUGGUGACAACUCAUGGAGCUGAAACUGUCGAGAACAAGUGGACGCCGUGCAACAGGCUUGUGCUGGGUGGCUUUUAUGAGCUGUGACCUCUAAAGACAAAUUCGCAAGAAAUGAGGCACCGUUUACUAGCGUGAAAUUGUUAAGGAGAUUUAUUCGAGUGUGUUGCAUUUUAAACAUCGGCCAACUUUGCAAUUGCAAUAAUAUUAGUCAAAAAAUAAAGUUUAGUUUUAAAUAAAACAUACCGAAAGCACAGAUGACGUUAAAAUAGCGAUGGUAGCGCCAGUGACGUAAUAUCAGGCGGAUUUUUGUUGCAACUUUUGACAGUUCGUUGUUUCAGCCUAUUUAAGUACUUUAAAGAGAGAUGGCUAGAAUAUUUGUGUUUUGAUUAUAAUCUGGAGGUCUAAAGCUACAUUGACGCAAUUAAUAUAAAAAUCAACAUUGUGUUGUAAUAAUUUCAUCUAAUGUCAAAUAGUAAUGUUGCUUUUUAAGAUAAAUUGCUUCAUUCAAUAUGGUCUUUUUAGAGCCCCUGUGAGAUUGAUGAUAAUUACGAUAUCGAUGCUAUAAUACGAUCUUAUGAUUGGUCAAUAUUUUUCUAUAAAUAAAUUGUUGGUCGAUGUAUUUUCAUUAGUGCCUAAAUAGAUUGUCCAGUGUAAUGGGUCGUGUCAUUUAUAUUUCCUUAAGUUAAAAUCUACUUGACACAACAAAUAAUUCCUUGAAAACUUUGUAGUACUAUUACUUCGAUUCCUUCCAAAUAAUAUGUUGAAAUUGAUAUAUAUCAAAAUACUUAUUAAUCUUUCCCGAUUCAAAGAGUAGUUUAAAAAUUAUAUAUAUAUUUUUAUGAUUCAAUCUUACAUUUGUGAAAUUGAAAUUGGGAUAUUUCUUGGGUUCAAGUGAGAUUUGAAAAAGGAAAAUUAUAAUUAAAAGUAAUGUAAUUUCGUGUUAAUAGAAACCUAAACUAGCGGCACGAUAUGAUAGCUGUUUUGACGUUUGUUUUGCUCAGCAAGUUGCGUAUUAAUUAAUAAUUACGUUAAAGGCGCAAAUUGCUGUCCUUUAUUGUGUUCAUGAAGUUUCGUAUUAAUUUAUAAUUAUAGUAACGGUGCGAAUUGCUGUACUUUGAAACGUCAAAGCGGCCAUCAUAGCGAGCCGCUCGUUUAAAUUCAUAUUUGUAAAGUAUUUUAAGUGGUUCAAAUUGGGAGUUUUAGCGAGGAUAUAAUUUGCAAGGACUUAUGUAAUACUAUAUUUAUGCGUAUUUUACGUACCUUCAGCAGAAUAACACUUAUUUUGGUGUCAGUGAAAUCUCCAUUUUAUCUAGUCUAGUGUAUAAUAGUAAAACUAGACUAAUUAUUUAUAUUGGUCUAGUAAUAUAAAUAAUUAGUCUAGUAUUAUUAUGUUUAUUACCAGUUUUAUAUAUUGCACCAUUGUCAUUAGUAUUAAAUUAAUAUAACACAAGCUGACGACUAUGUGCCCAUUGGGGUAGUCAGAGGUACAUCCAUCGCAAAAUGAACGAAGCUUCCCCGAGCUUUCUGUUAGACCAACGUGAUAGGUGGUCGUAUAGCCGCCUGCAAUGGUCGCAAAUUAACACUUCGUGAAAUCUAGUCUACUUGAAGAGGCUUUUGGGAUAUGUUUAAACAAUUUAUUAUUUCACGUCUAAAUUCUUAAACUAAUUAAUCUAACAUUGACUGACACCAUAAUAGUGUUCAAUAUUUUGAAAAAGACAAGUAGAUUGUAUAUAUAGCUGUUUAUUUAGAGGGGUGAAAUUUAAGUCUGGUUUUUCAUUUUAACCCGAUAAAAGGAUAUGGCGCUAAUAUAUAACACAAACAACCCACAUACGUCCUACUGCUGGGCACAGACCUCUCCGGAGCGGGUACGGAGCAUACAUAAAUAAAUAUUUAGCUGUGCCAAAGUUUCAUGUGAUUACAAACGUCCAAGAUUAAAGAUCAUUGAUCACAGAGACACACACAUUAACAUACAUACAUUUUUGUUGUAUUCGAAUUUGUAUGGAUUUAUGUGUGAAUGGGUUACACAGAAAUCCGGACGCGAUACAGCGCGGUAUCAUAGUCUGUGUACAUUUAGACGUUUUCGGGACAGCAGAGCGAAUCAAACUUUUAAUUUCACCCUUAAAGUGGCAAAAAUAUAUAUUUUUCAUGACUAGUUAUACAUUAUAUUUAACAUGUAAUAUUAGCAUAGUUUAAACUGAAAUGUUUGUGAUUAGAUCUCAUUGUACAGAGAACAUCGUCGACAUCGCUGUUAUAAUAUACAGUCAUGAGCAAUAUCAUGUACCCACUUUAGAACCCAGUCGCACUAUCAUAUUUGACAUUUAAUGAGACUUACGGUUUAAUUUGUCAAAAAAGUUAAUGUGACAUAGUAUCAAAGUGUAUAUAUAUUAGUACUCGUGACCGUACAAAGUGUAACGAAAACUAAGGGGGGUGACUCAGCUCAUUCUGAGUUAAUAUCAACAUAUGUUUUCCAUCGCAAAAGUAAAGAAUUGAAAAUAAAAAAAUAAAAAACUCACAAAUGUCAUGAAUUUUGCGAAGGAAAAUUCCACUUGAUAUUAACUCAGAGUAAAAUGAGCUAAAUCAUCCCCCUCCGUAUUCGUUACGAUGUCACUAACACCCUGUAUAGCGUAUGAAUUCCAAAACUGUGUUAACACAAAAAACAGGUUCGAGAAAAAACGAAUUCAAAGUUUGUAAGACCAUAGUCUAGGGAGUGUAGUCCUCGGUAUAACAUUUAAAAAAAUCUGCGGUCUUGUGUGAUCCCGGAAGUCAAUAUAAUUCCAAAAAGACAAAAGAUUCUAGAAUAUUUUUGCGUUCACGGUAAAGAUAUUUACUUCCGGUGUGCGAAAUUCCACCGUCUGCCUAUUGGGUAUACAAAAGAAUGUCAUUUUGUGAAUUACACCCCAAAGCACUUAUUUUUUGACGCAUAAAUUGUAAAUAGUGCGACAACGGUUAUUCUGGCGGACUGAUUUGAAUUUUAGUUUAGUUGGAAUUUUUUUUUGCACCAUGUGUCGCUGAAAAUAUCCAUGGCGUUCAUCGUAUCCAUCUUAGGACGAGUGGUUGUGCCCUGGUCUCACGAUGGGCGGGGAUAUUACAAUAAUCACUGGUUAGGACAUUGCAGGCUAAUGAACAGAUUGCUCGUGCUUCGGAGGGCUAAGCAGUUGUUCUCGGCUGUUAUGUAGUCGUUACAUGAAGCCUGACGUGUCCUUGGCGGCUCAAUAGUAAACCGAGAGGGUUAUUGAGGUCGUUCAUUGGUCUUACAACCCAUGGUAUAAGAAAACCAGGUAUGCUCAAAAGUGACAGCUAACAUUUCAAGGUUAGCCCAGCUGACGUUAUCCCACCCUGUGUUGCCAUUUAGUAAAAAAUAAAUUACCCACGACCAAUGUUUUUAUAUUUACUUUGCAAGGAAAUUUUGAACUUUUAGUAAAAGAUUUACUUACAGUUUCAUGGUUUUUAUAUAUGUGACAAGUGAUAAUAAUUAGAUACAUUAGUCAGUAGUUCAAUUAAAUUUCAAUAAUAAAAGUUACGUCCUUGGAAUGUUGGAGAUAUCAAUUCAAUGGUAACACAGUGGUAACACUUACGUCAUCAAAGAGCUAGCAAUGGCGGGUUGUCAUAGGAUUGAGCAUACCUGGUUUUCUUAUACCAUGUUACAACUCACACGAGAGAGAAAGGUAACGUGUGAAUCCGUUAGGGAUUAGGGAUGUGACUUUAAUAUUUCUACGAUGCGUUAUAAAACUAUUCUCCAUCCCUUUCUUUCAUUCAGUAAAGUAAGUCACAGUACUAUUUCCAGAGCUAUGAAACUAAACUAAAAUUAAUAUUGUCCAUAAGAUGCGACACUAAUGUAUAUGCAGUCGAUAUUUGGAAUGUCAAAGAUCGGUUGGACAGUGUGGUAGACCGGAAUUCAUAUUAAACACGAAUUUGAAAAUGGAACCUGUACACAAUUUAAAUAUUAUGAUUAUAUUUAUAAGCGUUUAAACACACGUUAUAAAGACUGAAAAAUAUAAAUCUAUCUCCGUUGUUAUUUUAAUAUUUUAGACUUAUUUUUAUUCCGAAUUAGUUUAAUUUGACCGCCUGCUUGCUUGUUAGAAAGUGAUGUAGCGGUCCUGAAUAGCCACGUUUUGCUUGCCUAGAAAAUGCCUAUUCACUCUUUUGAUUAUGAGUAAGCUCAUAAUCAUAGAUCAAUCCUAUUAUGAUCCCCCCUCCAUUUUUCCGACUAUUAAGAGCUUUCUAGGCUUUUCAAGUAGCGCAGAAUCUUGCAUUUUUCCUAUAUCGCUUUUUUAGCUAGUUUUUUUAAUUAAUAUCUCGUUUCGCUAUUUUGAGUUUAAAAUGUACCCACGUAUGUUUGUCCUGCCUACCACAUUGUACCUUAUUUCGUUAGCCUAUGGUCUAGAUUAGUACUGCCUUACGGCUUCCCUAUACAUAGUUGUUCUGAAUAUUAAGUUUGUAAUUAAUGACGAAUUAUAUUAAAUAAAAGUUUUGUUUCAAA